AUGACAAUCGAUGGAAGCCCUUUACCUCGCCCAAGAAAGACACCAGCAAGGGACUCAUCAUUCUCGGGCUACAAUCCACAGUCUCCUACCCUAACGUCAUCGUAUCUUCAAGAAGACGGAGGAUCAUUCGUGACACCGGCUCCUCCUAGGAUGCACCCCAAGCUCGCACCGCCGAGCACAGCUCAACGACCUAGCCAGCACAUGCCUACCAGUUCACCAGCACCCUUCUGGAAGUACGCAGAUAUUGGUAGUACGCCGUUGAAACCGCUUGGUGGCUACGAUAUAAGUCCUACUAAAGCUGGGGGUGUCCUGCCCCAGAGUAGCAGUCCGCCGCGUGGAGAUAAGUCUCCCUUAAGCAGUCCUUCUCGACCUCAAAAGUCAAGUCCACAACCCCUUUCCGAACCAACGGAGGCCGAAGAAGAACAAGGUUUUGACCUGACAAAGGGGUUUCAGAGUAUCGGUUCGUACCAUGCACCAGUUGGUGGGGGUGCUUCCAUUUUGCAAGGCCACACGUAG